GGUCUUUUAGCGUUUGCCUAUGGUGCCGCUCGGUCUGAUCCACCUUGGUUUGUGGAACGAUGUUGCGUCGAACUCUAAAAGUUCGCAGUGAACCCGAAAAAGAGGCUUGACAUCGCAACUGUCCUUAUCUUCUGGAAAAUUGGAACUUCAACUGGAGCCGGUACAAGCGAAGUAUAAUGGCCUUAGUCCGCGUUACACCCCCUCGUCGGGGAUGGAUGUGCUCUACAAAGCACAUCACCUUGGGUGCGCAGUCGCGGGGGCAGAAGGUGUGGUUCCGCAAAUUCUUCGCGAAUCACAAGCAGUGGUUCCGCAUGAAGUGGCAUCUGAACGACCUGAUUCUAAAGCAGCGGCUGCAUUUGACCUUGCCCUGGGCCAAGGAAUUGCAACAGUAUGCGGAAGACAUGAUGUAUUGUGCGAAGAAAAACACCCCCCACUACAACGGGCUUGUCGAAUCCAUGCUAGUGUCCAGCGCAGCAAGACAAAUACUGUAUCGCCAUAAGCUCCUGUCUUACAUCGACGUACUACUAUAGUUUGAUUGAGGUUUUUCGCGUUAGCUGAAUAAAAAGUUUCGCGCGCAAGGGUACGGAAAUCAGGAUCACAGUACUGUCAUCAAAAUGAUGAAUUCAUACCGGAGUGACGCAACUACUGAAAGAAAUCAUCCUGAAAAAUCGCGCAACUACAAGGUAUGAACAGCUGGUACCACGGUACAAGGAUCGGCCUUUUUUUUUCACGCGACUUGUGAACAAAUGGCAAACGCGCGAAAGGGACGGGGCGCCCAUGGGCUUUUUAGAGUUUGUCGACCGGCCCGGGGAGUACAAGCCUGCGCGUCCGGUAGGCGAGGAGCGAAUGCGGUAUAUCGAGCACCAGCUCGAGCACGGGACCAGGCGGGAAAGGCGGAUUUUUGCACGGAAAGCGCUGCGCACGCCUGACUUUUUCAACAGAAAAAGAAGUGAGACUGUGGAGCUUGGUUCGCGCGAAGAAGAGGACGGCGCCAUUGGGGCAGCAAGCCACCACCUGCUGGAUGCUGCAAAUAAAUCCGGUGGCGCCGCGGUGAGAGCAAGGACGCAGCUACUUCGUGAAAGUCUUGGCGAGGACCAGCUGCUGCUCCCUAGAAGCCUCCUGCAAAAUUUGAAUCGGCGGUCAAGAAGAAGGAGGAAAAGUGGCGACGGUGCGAUCAUAGGUGGAGAGACUGAAGCGGGCCGCUCGAGUUAUUCGCUUCCGACAGUGCUACCAACUCAGACUACGACGCAUCCUGAUGUAACAGCAGCGCCAGCGAUGCCAUAACUUGAUGACUAGACAAUGAGUACACCUGUUGCGAAGUGCUACCAUAGACUGAUGGUGCUUGUCGGCGCUGCGCAUCUGGUAGAAUAGGUCUUGGAGUUUGAUGAUGGAGUCGCCAGUGACUUUGUCUUGGAUCAUAGAAAAUUUGCUUCGGCGGGCAGCUCCUGUUUUCCAGAUCUAAAACAUAAAGAUCAAAUUAGAUCGGCGGGUUGUCAUAGAUCGCACUAAACUCAGCAAACACCACACUCAAAGCCGCGAAAUACACCGACAAACACCUAGACCACACAGUGCAC